AUUUCACAAGAAGGAGUCAAGCCAUUGCUUUCAAUUACAAACAUACCUCGGUGCUGUUUACAAGGCAGCUACAAAGCAAGAAACCUGAAGGAACAGAAAAAGACCAAGACCUGAUGUGCAGAAAGGAGAAAAAAUACAAAUCAUGAAAACAAUAGAAGUACUUGUUAGCCAACGGUUUAAAGGAGAUGGAUGGAAGCCAACAGUUGUCAUUCGGAACCAUAACAGCCGUGAUCUCAUUGCAUGGAGAAACAGGUUUCUGCAGCCUCUCCUAUCACUGAAUUUUCUUGCAGUUUCUUCUUUUGGGGAAAUUUUGGUCCCCCACCCACCCCACGACACUCAUUGGGUGCUGUACAAUCACAUUAGACCAAGGAUUGAAAUUUCAAAUGCUACAGUGCACAAACCUCAAGUUCAAAGGAGAUGUAUGAUGCAAACUUUUUACACAGAGCAGUGGGUGCCUGGAAUGUGCAGGAUGAGAUGGUGGUGGUGGCGGUACGAUGAAGAUAUACAACAAAAUGUCCAUCCAUUUCUUGGUCUGCUUGCCAUUGGACAAAGAUGUUGCUCAGCAAAGCCUGCACAGUGGUGGGCAUGCAGUGGUCACACCACAUUCAACAAAAAUCAAGCUCAAGUAUCUUUCAUUCUUCAAGUUCAUGAGCUGGGGCACCAGGACCCACAUGGGUGUGACCCAUUGUUGGAUCUGAAUUACUACAUUCUCAGAUGGAAUGGGAUUCGUGCAGAUGAUGCUGCCUGACCUGCUGAGUCUUUCUGGCAACACCUACAUCACCAGAGUUCCAUUCAGAUAUUGUCUAGAUCCUCCAAUGUCCUUCAAGGCUGGUGAAGAAGGCUUGCUGUUGUAUAUUUGAAAGACCCUUGAAAAAUAAUUCAGUGGGAAGUGAUAGCUUUCUCACAUGUUACAUGAAAUAAGUGUAAUGCCUCAAUAAAUGUCAGAGUCAUAAAAUAACACAACAUGGAAUCAAGCCUUUCUGCCCAAUUUGUCCAUGCCAAUCAUAGUGCCCACCAAUAUAGUCCCAUUUGUCUGUAUUUGGCCCAUCUCUAAACCAUAAUUUGCACUUAUUCAAAUGUCUUUUAGUUACAUGCCUGAAUCACUUCCAUUGGCAGCUCAUUCCAUGAAUGCACUAGCAUCUACAUGAAGAAGCUGCCCUCAGGCUCCUUUUAAAUUGUUUCCCUCUCACCGAUGCACUCUAGUAUUUAGUUCCCCUUCCCUGGGAAAAAGUCAAUGUUCAUUUUCUUUAUCCAUGUCCACCAUGAUUUUAUACAGCUCCAUAAGGUUUAUCUCUCAAUCUCUUAUAUUUAAAGAAAUAUAGUCCUAGCCUGCCCAACCUCCAACUACAACUCAGAUCUCUGAGUCCUGGCAGCAUCCUUGUAGGUCUUAUCUACACUCCUGUCGGUUCAGUUAUGGCUUUCCUAUCACAAGGCAGCUAAAACUGAACCCAAUACUCCAAGUGCAUUCUUGUUCAAAUACAGCAUAGUAUGACAAUUCCAAUACUCCGUGAUGAAAGUCUUGUGUCAAAGGCCCUAGUUCACAAAAAUGUCAUCAAAUUAGUGACCUCAGAUCCAACAAGAAAGAUUUUCUGGUUAGUAUGGCAACAGUUGGACUGUAAUACCAAGUAACAGCUGCUGACUCAAGAAGAGAGCAUUGAACAAAGGCUUGCAAUUUGUACUGCAGGGAACACUGCAGUACAAGAUUCCCUCAGGUCAUUAUUUUUACCAGUGUUAUAAAUAAGUCCUUUCAGAAUACUUUUGCAAUAUCAUUGGAAGUAGCAGUGUGGAAAUCUCCUUAAUUCCGGCACCCAAUGACAACUCAACAAAAAUCAAUCCUUGGUACAAUUUUGAAGAGAUUUAGUAUUCCGUGAGGGUUUUUUUUCAUCUGAAAAAAAAUUGAUCAUAUUUUGCCAAAAAUGCUUAAGUAGGAAUGAAGGCCAGCGUUGGCUUAAUGUCAAGUAUUUUUGCCUUGCAAUUUGUAAUCUGCAGCAUUAUAACUUUUUCUUUUGAGUCUUAAUAGUCAGCUAGUAUGACUUGCAGCUAGUAUGACUGUCAGCUUGCUUAAAGCAAAAAAUGAGGUAGUCCGGUAAUGAUAAGGUUACUAGGAAUACCUUACUAUUUCUGGUUAUAGUGACUCUUUCCACAUUCUCACAGAGAUUUAAGAAAUAGAAAUGAUGAUUCAUUAUCCAUAGUUGGUCUUGGAACAUUCUGAAGGCAGGAAAGGCACCUUCAUUUCCAAAUAUCCAUUCUGCAAAAUACUAAGCCAUGCAGAGAAUGAGGAUCACCAUUCAUUUAUACCUAGAAAAUCCUGGAGAGAUUCUGCAGGCAGGGUAGCAUCUGUGGAAACGAGUACAUCGACAUUUUGGGCCAAGACUGGACUGGGAAAAUAGAUGAGGAGUCAGAGUAAGAAAGUUGGGGGAGGGGAGGAAGAACCACAAGGUGAUAGGUGAAACCGGGAUAGAGAGAGGGGUGAAGUAAAGAGCUGGGAAGUUGAUUGGUGAAAGAGGUACAAGCCUGGAGAAGGGGGAAUCUGAUAGGAGAGGACAGAAGGUCAUGGAAGAAAGAAAGGGUGGAGGAGCACCAGAGGGAGGUGAUAGGUAAGUAAUGAGAUAAAGUGUGAGAAGGAAAUGGGAAUGGGGGAUGGCGAAUGGUGAGGCGGGUGGAAUUGCAGGUAGUUUGAGAAUUCGACGUUCAUGCCAUCAGGUUGGAGGUUACCCAGAUAUAAGGAGCUGCUCCUUCAAUCUGAGUGUGGCUUCAUCGCGACAGUAGAGGAGGCCAUGGACUGACAUGACUGACAGUUGAAUGAUCUUACAUUUACUAUAACUGAAGAACUCUGCAAUGUUAAGAGCUGUGUACAGACUUUCUCAGGUAGAUUCAAAAGCUCCUUUGACACUACUUAGAAGAAAAUCAAGAGUGUUAUCAUGUAUUGACAAUAUUUUAUCUUUCAGUUAAUAUUACUAUAAACAGAAUAUCUAGACAUUAUCCUGUUGUUGCUUGCAGGAGCCUGCAGAAUUCAAAUUGAUCAUUGUGUUCCCUGCAUGACAACACCUCCAAUCCCUCAAAUCUCCCAUGGUCCACUUUACUAUCAUAUUCCUUCUUCUUCAGCCCUUUACCAUCUACAGCCAUCACCUCGAUGCUUUUGGCUUCAUCCUCCCUCCUCCACCCACCUACGUUCCUCUUCACCUGGCUUCACCUAUCACUUGCCAGCUUGUACUCCUUCCCCUCCACCCACCUUAUUCUGGCUUCUUCCCCUUUCCUUUCCAGUCUUGAUGAAGGAGGUCUUGGCACAAAGCAUAGAUUCUUUAUUCUUCUCCAUAGAUUCUGCCUGACCUGCUGAGUUCCUCCAGAAUUUUGUAUGUUACUUUCAAAUAUUCCAUGGGCCAGAAACCCAGUUCAAUACAGUAAAGCAUGAGGGAUGUUUCAUGAAUGUAAGCUUUUCUUUUAGUGAUUUUCUUUCUUGCCCUAGUAGGAAAGGCAUAAAAUCACCUAAGAUCCCUACUUCUGAUGAAUAUCAAUUUUCCUCUGUGAGAAAUUGCAUUGAUAUCUACACUCAGUGGUUACUCUAUUAGA